AUGAGUCACAGCCUGAACAGUAUCUUGAACAACUACCUGAAGCACAGCCUGAGCAGCAACUUGAGCAGCAACUUGAGCAGCAUCCUGAGCAGCAACUUGACCAGAAACUUGACCAGCAACUUGACCAGCAACUUGAGCAGCAAUUUGAGCAGCAAUUUGAACAGCUACAUAAACUACAUCAUGAACAACACCAUGAAAAUCUAUGUGAUGUACAGCCUGAGCGGCAACUUGAACUACGCACUGAGUGGCAACUUGUAUCACAGUCAGAGAGGCAACCUGAACUGCAACAUGUACAGCUAUCUGAAGAGCAUCUUGAACAACAACCUGCACAGCAAACUGGACAACAUGGUCAAACAAAAGUAG